UGAUUCAUGGUGAUGGCUUGCAGGGUCAUAAACAAAAGGAGGCACAUAGGACUUCAACAACUUUCAUCAUUUGCAGAAACAGGAAGAACUUUCCUAGGUCCAGUAAAAUCAUCCAAAUUUAUUAUAGAUGAAGAAUGUCAUGAAAGUGUGUUAAUCAGUUCAACAGUAAGGCUUCUUGAAAGUUUGGAUUUAACCAGUGCAGUGGGGCAGCUUCUCAGUGAAGCAAUUCGAGCACAAUAUAACAUGUACAGAACUGGAACCAGUACUCUUUUGUUUCUUGUUGGUGCAUGGAGCAGUGCUGUCGAAGAAUGUCUUCAUCUGGGUGUCCCCAUUUCAAUAAUAGUGUCAGUGAUGUCAGAGGGCUUGAACUCUUGCAGUGAAGAGGUAGUUUCCCUUCAAGUGCCUAUCCACAACAUAUUUGGCCAUCUGGACAACACGAAGACAUUUUCUGGACUUGAAACAUUUAGUGUCAGUUUGUGUCCUCUUCUACAAGUCCCUUCAGAUACUGGUUUGACACAGGAAGAGCAUGAUCUCAAAGAUGUUGCUUCUCAAUCAUUGACCAUUUACAGUCUUUCUGGGAGACCUAUUCAAUCACCUCAAUUCUUCAAACCUCAGGCUGAAGUUGAAACAGAUAAAAGCACAUCACAAACUCCAAAAAACAGUCAGCUUGCAGACACCCACUGCAGAAAGUCAAUACUGAUUCACAGUAGGCAUUUUAAUAGCACAGAUAAUAAUCAAUGGAUAAGCGAACCAGAUGGAUUUCUAGAUCAUGGUACAGCUACUUCCAAAACUUAUGGAUGUAAUGAUUUGGUAGAGUUGGCAGUGGGCUUGAGUCAUGGAGAUCACAGCAGCAUGAAAUUGGUAGAGGAAGCAGUACGGCUGCAAUACCAGAAUGCAUGUAUGCAACAAGGCAAUUGUACAAUGCCAUUUAUGUUUGACAUUUCAAGAAUCUUCACUUGCUGUCUGCCAGGUUUACCUGAAACUUUUUCUUGUGUUUGUCCAGGAUACAUCACUAUCGUAGCAGUAUCUAGUACUACUCUGAUCAAGGAAUUGCAGAAUCAGCCUGUCCGGGUAGUUCUCAUUGAGGGUGACCUCACAGAAAAUUAUCGCCACCUGGGAUUUAAUAAUUCUGCAAAUAUUAAAACAGUAUUAGAUAGCAUGAAGCUCCAAGAAGACAGCUUAGAAGAACUCUGGACAAAUUAUGUAUUACAGGUAUUAACCCAGUUCAAUGUGAACCUCAUCCUGGUACAAGGAAAUGUAUCUGAACAAUUAAUUGAAAAAUGCACACACAAUAAGUUGUUGAUAAUUGGGUCAGUGAAUGGCAGUGUGAUGCAGGCUUUUGCAGAGGCUGCAGGAGCAGUACAGGUGACCUACAUUACACAAGUGAAUGAAGAUUGUGUGGGCAAUGGGGUCUAUGUGACCUUCUGGAGAAGCAGUCCCUUGGAUAUUGUAGGUAGGAACAAUGGAAUGGCAAUCUUGCUAAAAACAGAAGGAAUUAAUUUGGUUACAGCAGUGCUCAGUAGCCCAGUAACUGCACAGAUGCAAACCAAAGAAGAUAGGUUCUGGACUUGUGCCUAUCGUUUGUAUUAUGCUCUAAAAGAGGAAAAGGUCUUUCUUGGAGGCGGUGCAGUGGAAUUUUUGUGUGUUAGCCAUCUUCAAAUUCUUGCAAAGCAAUCUCUGAGAAAAGAAAACCAUGCCUGUUCAGAAUGGCUUCAUAAUACUUCCUCUUGGUUGGACUCGUCACUGGCAAUAUACAGACCAACAGUGCUUAAAUGUCUGGCAAAUGGAUGGCACAAAUACCUUUCAACGCUCAUUUAUAAUACUGCCAGUUACUCAACAGAAUUUGAAGCAAGCACAUUCAUUCAACAUCAUCUACAAAAUGCCUCAGAUUCUGGCUCUCCUUCAUCUUACAUCUUGAAUGAAUACAGUAAACUAAAUAAUGGAAUUUUUAAAUCAGGCGUUUCAACUAAACAGGAGCAGAUUCCAAGAGUUUAUGACAUUGUUACACCAAAGAUAGAGGCGUGGCGCCGAGCAUUGGAUUUAGUACUGUUAGUACUUCAGACAGACAGUGAAGUUAUUACUGGGCUUGGACACACACAGAUUAACUCACAGGAACUAGAGGGUUUUUUAUUUUUGUAGUGUUAUUAGCUAAGUCUUUGGAAAAUAAUCUUUUGGAAUAUAUCAUGCUAAUAAUAAAUUUACUAGUAGCCAAGUUAUAAUGCCUAAAAUACCAGCUGUUACCAAGAAAAAAAUAAUUGAUGUCAAUAACUGUUCAGGAUCUGAAAUUUUACACUACUUAUAAGCUAACAAGUUAGCCUGUUACUGUUUCAUGGGAUGCUACAGAAUACACAAGAUACCUGGGUCAGAGACAAAGGACUUUUAUUAUGCACAGCAAGAGCUGUAUCCAGAGCUUCUCAUUGGUUUUUGUCAGUACCCCAUUUUUCUAAGUCCCACAGGAGCAAUACAAAGAGCCAGUGAUGGAAACUGCACACAGUGGAUGUGGAUUGUGCUGCAGGAGAGAAGCACUGAGCUUGGGAUAUUCACUGCUUUUCCAGUAAGCAGAAAUAGUCCUGCUCUUUGUCCAAGGGAAGUUUUUACCAUGUGCUUCAAAGUUGCUUAGUAUAAACGCAAGCCUGGGACAUGGACUGGGUAAAGAUCAGUAAGUAUACAGGGGUGUUCAGGGCCCAUUAUGGAGAGCCUCUUCCAGCAAUCCACUCUUCAGCCUGAUGUGUUCUUGGCCAAACUCUAAUUUUCACAUGAGGAUACCACUCCAUUGGCUACUCUGAUUAGUUUGACAAACAGGUUGUUUAGUCAGUACCAGAUCCAUCCAAUUGGUCUCAUAUAGUGAUUAAUUAAGGCUACUAUCAACAGACUCUGAGCAGAAGGAUAAAGCCAAUCUGUAUUACUGACCUCAGUCCUGUCCCCAUGGUCGUAAAUUCAGUCAAGUGUAAGUCACCACCUGGGAUUUAAUAAGUAUU